AUGAAAACCAGUACGAUUCUAGACACUUCAUUGACUUCUCCCGAUAUUAACAGUUUGCCAAAGACUGAUGAUAAUAAACUUGAUUACGAGUUGUGGACGGACUUCUCUGUCAUCUACACUGAUAUGGAAGAAGCGACUAGUGCUAAAAUUGAAAGAACUGAAGGAUGCGCAGACUUGUUUCCUGGAGGAAAUCAGUGGUUCAGAGUAAUUUCUUAUACCUUAUGUUUUAGUCAAUUUUUUUGCGUUAUUUUUAUCGUGCAGUUCUAUCUAAUUUCUUGGAGAUUUUUUAAAUAUCGUUGUAUGAUCUUUGCGAGACUCUUUUGUAGAAAUAUAUCACAACUCGCGCAUCGAGUCCUGUGCACGACUCACAACGUCAUUCCAGCUUAUGCAUCCUUACUAGAGCACUACCCUAUCUAUAUCGCUGCUCUUGACCAAUUGGCAAAGAGCAACGCAGAAUUUCGAUCUCAGAUAAGGUACGCCGACCGACCAUCCAACCAGUGCUAUAUACCUUUGAACUGGAUAUUGUUGAAAAUCCUUCAUCGUGUCAUAGCAUGGCGACCGAUCUUAACGCGACUGGUUGAGUGGCAACUCUCGGAAGGUGUGAACGACGUUAACUUUGGUCCUAUCCGCGUCGCUUUGGAGAAGAUCUCUCGAUUCGCCGACAGCACCAGAAAACAACGAGAGGCGAUCAUUGAAUUUGUCGCGCUUCUUCAAUUAGAAGCUGACACUGCCACACAAGGGCUUCUAACACAACCAAAUAGACGACUGUUGCGAUUUGGUUGGGUCGAGAGAUGGUCAGAGCGCGGUCUAUCGCCACGGAUGCUGCUUCUGUUCAGCGACGAAGUGCUGUUAGCUCACCGUUCUCAAGCGACACCAUUUGCCAUCAAUGUCGAAUUAAAACUGAAAGGACUAUUGGACGGUGACUCAUACGAAGUUACUGGAAAACGAAGCGAUGCAUUCACUCUCCACUUUGGCAGGAAAUCCAUAGUUCUGGCUAGUCCUGACAAAGAACGUUGGAUAGAGGCUAAAAUGACUUCAGCUGUUUCUGGUUCUAGUGUAGUUCAUUUAGGGGGUACAGUGGAUGAGUUACAAGCGAAGGAUCGUCGAAGAUUAAGUCCACUGCAAGUCUGUUGGCAUCGCAAGACAACGCUUGGUAUUCACCAAAUUUAUGAUAUUGUCACCGUCUGUCAAUCUGGAUAUCUUCUGCGGAAAUUGCGGAAUUCGAACGGUUGGCAGAGAUUGUGGACAGAACUCACAUCUCACACAUUAUUCUUCUAUAAGACUCACAAGGAUAUUGCACCGAUAGCCAACUUGCCAUUACUCGAAUACAAAUUAUGCAUGCCAUCUCUUGCCGAUCGCGUGCACCACUCUAAUUGUUUCAAGCUCGUGUACUCAACUCAUGAAUACUUCUUCCGCACCACUGGAUGGUAUUCAUUCCAAAGGUCAGUGAAUCUCGUAUUUAACAAACAAGUAUAA